UCUGUUUUCCUCCCUCAAACUAAUUUAUACCACACAACAUAUUUCUCUUUUACGCGUUUCUUGCUGCAACUUUCUGCAUCAUAUCAUAGAAACUAGUUAAUCCUCUCGUCUUGAAAUUGAGGGGUACUGGUUUCUAUUUUUAAUGAUGCAUGAAGAACAUAUCAGAUCAGGACCUUCGUUUUCUUUCAGAUUAGAUGAGGAUCUUUGUGACCUCUUCUGUGUUGGAUAUUGAUCAAAAUGCUUUUGUUGAUCUAUUUUUCCUCCUGAUUUGUUUAAUUUGCAGGUUGUUUUGUAAACUAUGGCGCAACGUUAGGGCCCCUGUUUGGAACCAAGAAAAUGUACUCCUCCGAUUCAAAAUAAGUGUCACGGUUUUAAAUUAAGGUUGGAUCGGAGGGAGUAGGAAUUUUGAAGGAUUGAAUUCCUAUAGGAAAAAAUAUAUCCUAAGGUGCCCUUUGGACAAUGGAAUGGCUCACCAAGGCGCAAAAUGCUAGUGAUGGUCGUCCUCCAUGGAGGUCGCCCGCCAAAAGCCCUCACCAAGGUUCCUUUGAAAUUCGUAUGGAAGGGCGAUUCAUAAGAGUUUUGGAAGAAAAGAAACAUGAGAUCACUAAGAUGGCUGAUCUCUGUACCAAGUUUACCUUGUCCGGAUGCCACCGGUUUUACCCUGAGUUUCCAGAUCACUGGUAUGAUCUGAUUGAAGCUCCUGUCCGUGUGCCGAAGUUCACCCCUCGCAAGAAGCACAACCGUGCGUAUAGGUCCCGCCAUGGCCAUGUUAUCAUUGGUUUCCAGGUAAAUGAAGACACAGAGCAGCUGUUCGAGGACGAUGGUGUGGAGGAAGAGGAGCAGCUGUUCGAGGACAAUGCUGUCGAACCAAUUCCUGUGAAUGAAGUGGAGGGGGUCGCCAUUGAUGAGGAUGUUCCAGAGCUGGGAAUUGAGGACCAGGCAGAGGAGGAACAUGUCGAGGAUGAUGACGUGGAAGCAAUAAUUCUGAAUGAGGUCGCCCCCAUUGAUGGCGGAGAUGUUCCUGAGGAAUACACUGAGUACGAGGGUGGCCUUCUUGCGGCUAAGCUUGGUGGCGAGGACGGCGACAAGGUCGGGCUUUAGAUUGCUACUAUUUCUGCUCAUCAGCAUCGGGGGCCGGAAGAUUUUGACUAGCAUCUCAAGUCCAGUAUCAUGAACCUUGUUUUUCUGUCAAAUAAUCCAUUGUCUCUACCGAAGUGAACUACGUGAUGAUUAUGGCCGUAUGUCAGUGUAAAUGUCUCGUCUACUGCUGAAUGCACUGAAAGUACUUUCUGCAUGUGAUGAUUAUGGCCGUAUGUCAUGUAAAUCUCUCGUCUACUGCUGAAUGCACUGAAAGUACUUUCUUCACUGUUCA